AUGUGUCUUGCCCGCGGCAGGGCUGCGGCGCGGGUGGACCGGCAGGGGGCGCGCGGCGCGGCGGGCGGGGCGCAUGGGGCGGGUAGGGGCCGGGCCAGGACCGCACGGGGGGCGAGCGCAGCGGCAGGCCGGGCGGGACCGCAGCUGGAGCGGAGCUGGGACUGUCGCGCGGGCAGCGCCGGCGGUGCCGCGCCCCCGGGCCGGGCUGUAGCGGGGCCGGCGGAGUGCGCACCGGGCAGGCCGGACAUGGAGGUGGUGGACGAGACCGAGGCGCUGCAGCGCUUCUUCGAAGGCCAUGACAUCAACGGAGCUCUGGAGCCCUCCAACAUAGACACCAGCAUCCUGGAGGAGUAUAUCAGCAAGGAGGAUGCUUCAGACCUCUGUUUCCCCGACAUCUCUGUGCCUGCCAGUGCCGCCUCGUAUGUCCAUGGGCAGCCAGUAAUCCCUGGCUCCAGUGGGGUGCACCACCUGAGCCCUCCUGGGAGUGGACCCUCCCCGGGGCGCCAUGGUGCACUUCCACCCCCAAGCUACGGGGCCCCUCUCAACUGCAACAACAACAAUGGCAUGGGCGCUGCUCCUAAGUCCUUCCUGGGUGGCCCAGGGCCCCCCAUCAAGGCAGAACCCAAGGUUCCCUAUGCCCCAGGCACCCUACCGGACUCGCCCCCAGACUCGGGCUCUGAGGCCUACUCCCCCCAGCAGGUGAAUGAUCCCCACCUGCUGCGCACGCUAACUCCUGAGGGGCUGUGCCACGUGGGGGUGCCGUCCCGCCUGGAGCACCCCCCGCCGCCCCCACCCCACUACCCCGUCCUGCAGCGAGACUUGUACAUGAAGGCCGAGACCCCUGUGCCCCCCUAUGCUGCCAUGGGGCAAGGGCUGGCGCCCGCUGAUCUCCACCACUCCCAGCAAACCCAGAUGCUGCACCAGCUGCUGCAGCAACACGGAGCUGAGAUCCCUACGCACCCCUCCAAGAAGAGAAAGCACUCAGAAUCACCCCCCAACACCCUCAAUGCCCAGAUGUUGAAUGGAAUGAUCAAACAGGAGCCCGGGACCAUGACAGCCCUGCCCCCACACCCUGCUCGAGCCCCUUCUCCACCCUGGCCUCCCCAGGGCUCACUCUCUCCGGGUCCUGGCUCCCUGCCCCUCAGCAUCGCCCGGGUCCAGACGCCACCUUGGCAUCCACCAGGUCCACCCUCACCAGGUCUCCUGCAGGACAGUGACAGCCUCAGUGGCUCCUACCUGGACCCCAACUACCAGUCCAUCAAGUGGCAACCACACCAGCAGAACAAAUGGGCAACACUCUAUGAUGCCAACUACAAGGAGCUGCCCAUGCUGACCUACCGUGUGGAUGCCGACAAAGGCUUCAACUUUUCCGUGGGGGACGAUGCCUUCGUGUGCCAGAAAAAGAACCACUUCCAGGUGACAGUGUAUAUCGGCAUGCUGGGCGAAGCCAAGUACGUCAAGACGCCCGAAGGCCUUAAGCCCCUCGACUGCUUCUAUCUAAAGCUGCAUGGAGUGAAGCUGGAGGCCCUGAAUCAGUCCAUCAACAUUGAACAGUCACAGUCGGACCGGAGCAAGCGGCCCUUCAACCCGGUCACGGUCAAUCUGCCCCCCGAGCAGGUCACCAAGGUGACCGUGGGGCGGCUCCACUUCAGCGAGACUACUGCCAACAACAUGCGCAAGAAGGGCAAACCCAACCCUGACCAGAGGUACUUCAUGUUGGUGGUGGCUCUCCAGGCCCAUGCACAGAACCAGAACUACACACUGGCUGCCCAGAUCUCCGAGCGAAUCAUCGUGCGGGCCUCAAAUCCCGGACAGUUUGAAAGCGACAGCGACGUGUUGUGGCAACGGGCGCAGGUGCCCGACACAGUCUUCCACCACGGCCGCGUGGGCAUCAACACAGACCGGCCGGACGAGGCGCUGGUUGUGCACGGCAAUGUCAAGGUCAUGGGCUCGCUCAUGCACCCCUCGGAUCUGCGGGCCAAGGAACAAGUGCAGGAGGUGGACACCACGGAGCAACUGAAGAGGAUCUCGCGCAUGCGCUUGGUGCACUACAGAUACAAGCCCGAGUUCGCAGCCAGCGCGGGCAUUGAGGCAGCGGCGCCAGAGACCGGUGUCAUUGCCCAGGAAGUGAAGGAGAUCCUGCCAGAGGCCGUGAAGGAUUCAGGAGCCGUGGUCUUCGCCAACGGGAAAACCAUAGAGAACUUCCUGGUGGUGAACAAGGAGCGCAUCUUCAUGGAGAAUGUGGGGGCCGUAAAGGAGCUAUGCAAGCUGACGGACAACCUGGAGACACGCAUCGAUGAGCUGGAACGCUGGAGCCAUAAGCUGGCCAAGCUGCGGAGACUCGACAGCCUCAAGUCCUCUGGCAGCUCGGGUGCCUUCAGCCACGCUGGGAGCCAGUUCAGCCGGGCAGGCAGCAUUCCCCAUAAGAAGAGGCCCCCCAAGGUGGCCAGCAAGGCAUCGUCGUCCGUGGCCCCAGACCAGGCCUGCAUCAGUCAGCGCUUCCUGCAGGCCACCAUUGUCGCCCUGGUCUUAGUCAUGGCCUUCAGCGUGGUGUCUAUGUCCACACUGUAUGUGCUGAGCCUACGAACUGAGGAGGACCUGGUGGACACUGAUGGCUCUUUUGCUGUAUCCACUUCCUGCCUCCUGGCUUUGCUCCGGCCCCAGCACCCUGGGGGGAGUGUGGCCAUGUGCCCAUGGUCCAGCCAGAGCUUUGGGACCACACAGCUUCGACAGUUCCCUGUGACCGAUGGGCUGCCUAGCACACGGUCCUCUUUGUUGCCGGUUACCACUGGCCUACCCAGCUCAAGCCCUGGUCCGUCGAUCCGCACCUUGCACCUGUGCCCCAAUCAAUCCUGCCCAGCCGUCUGCUGCUCCUCACAUACCCCCAGCCCUCCCACUGACCCCAGUCUUGGCUCCAGCCCCAGUCUCGACACCAACCAUUCAGGCCUCAGUCAGCUGGCUCUACUGCCAGUCACCAGUAUCAGAGCCAAGUCCUGGGGCUUUUCAGCCAAUGGCAUUGGCCAUUCCAAACAUCCCAAGAGCCUGGAGCCUGUGGCCAGCCCUGCGGUUCCCUUUCCUGGGGGGCAGGGCAAAGACAAGAAUAGCCCCAGCCUUGCAUUCCAUGGCCGGGCCCGCAGAGAUGCUCCCCAGCCAGCAAGCACGGUCUUGGUGGAUUCUGCUUGCACCAACAUCCUCUCUCUUGCAGACCCAGUGCCCUCCCUGACCUCCAUCCAGGUGUUGGAGAACUCACUACCCAUCACAUCCCAGUACUGCGCUCCAGGAGAUGCCUGCAGGCCUGGGAACUUCACCUACCGCAUUCCUGUCAGCAGCAACACCCCACUGCACCUCAGCCUGACCCUGCAGAUGAACUCCUCGUCGCCUGUGUCUGUGGUACUGUGCAGUCUGACAUCAAAGGAGGAGCCGUGUGAGGAGGGGGGCUUCCCACAGAGCCCUCCAACCCACCAGGACACCCAGGGUACAUCCCACCAGUGGCCAAUAACCAUCCUGUCCUUCCGCGAGUUCACCUACCACUUCCGGGUGGCACUGCUGGGUCAGGCCAACUGCAGUACAGAGGCCACGGCCCAGCGGGCCACUGACUACUAUUUCCGGUUCUCCCGCCUGUGUGACUGA